UUUUCCUUGAAACAUGAACCAUGUUUGCACAUACAGUUCUGAGGCUGAAAUCUGUGGAAGCUGAAAUGUAAAAGAAAACGGAAAGGAAAAAAGAUCCCCCUUUUCAGUUUUCACCUUCACAUAAGACAGAACAGUCGUCUUCCUCCUCCUCUGCUUCUUCCAGUGUCAACAUAUUUAAUCUGUUGAAGUGAGAAAUAGUAUUAUGGUAGCUGUGGCUAUCUGGGAUUGGUCUGAUGUACUUUUCCGCUAGGAAGAGAUGGAGGUUUGUUUAAGCUCUCCUUUGGGGUUCUUUGUCAUUUAGAAUAAGGGUUUGUGCAGUGAUUAAGAAUUCUCUGGAAUUGGAUUUGAAUUUUAAGUUAAGUAUUUGGGGUGCUUUCAAAUAUAGACAAGUCUGGAAGAAAUUGCAGUUCAAAAGAAUGACUUGUAUUGUAAUUUUUAUUAUGUGAAGGUUGCUAAUUAUGCAAAGGGUGCGUGUAUCCUCUCAUCAAUUUCCUGUUCAUAGAUUAGGGGAUUCCCAAAUGACAUUGUCUCCGAAGUUUAGGUUAGCUCCGACGGGCUCUAUCCUACAAGAUCCUUCUUCAGACACUGAAUUGGCUCUCAUGGGGGGUCCUCUGAUUCCCGGACUGCCUGAUGAUGUGGCCCUCAAUUGCCUUCUCCGGGUACCCAUUAUAAAUCAUGAUGUGUGCAGGGAUGUAUGUAAGCGUUGGUAUUUGCUUUUCGGCAAUAAAGAAUGGUUCUUCUCUAGGAGAAAGGAGCUCUCAUUUCGGGAUCCAUGGCUUUUUGUUUCUGUCUUUGAUAAACGGGCUGGGAAAAUAGAAUGGAAGGUCUUUGACCUGACCAGCUUUUCAUGGCACACGAUUCCUGCCAUGCCUUGCACCGUCAAGGUUUGCCCACAUGGGUUUAGGUGUGUUGCACUGCCCUGUGAGGGCGUUUUGUUUGUUUGUGGCGGGUCGAUCGCGGACAUGGACUGUCCCAUUAAUGUGGUGUUGAAGUUUGAAGUGCAGAGCAACCGAUGGACCGUGAUGAAGAGUAUGAUCACCCCGAGGUCGUUUUUCGCCUGCGGGCUCAUUAACGGGAUGGUUUAUGUUGCUGGAGGGAACAGUACAGAUCUUUUUGAGCUCGGGUCGGGUGAGGUUUUGGAUCCAAAAAAUGAGACAUGGCGACCAAUUGCAAACAUGAGAGCAACUAUGGCCUCCUAUGACGCGGCAGUCCUUGAUGGGAAGCUUCUGGUGACAGAAGGCUGGUUUUGGCCGUUCUAUGUUGGACCAAGGGGUCAAAUAUACGACCCGAGAACCGACCAUUGGGAAGGGAUGUCAUCCGGACUCAGAGAAGGUUGGACCGGUUCAAGUGUUGUGAUAGAUGACAACUUAUUUGUGGUUCCGGAACAUGAAAGAGCCGGGGUAAAGGUUUAUGACAAAGAAAGUGAUGGUUGGAACAAAGUUGACGGACUUCCUUUACCUGAGCAGAUCAGAAAACCUUUCUGUGUCAAUUGUUGUGACAAUAAGAUCGUUGUUGUAGGACGGAAUCUUCAAGUUGCUUUGGGACACAUCACAAGAAGGGAACGGAGUGACUCUUCUUCGGGCAACGAGUUUGAGUUCUGCGUUCAAUGGGAAGUGGUUGAUGCACCAAAACCUCUUUAUCAUUUACUGCCAACAACUGCUCAAGUAUUGCUUGCUUAGUUCCUUUGGACUGUCUUAUUUCUAGUCGCUGCUUCAGAAAGAUGGAAUGGUGUAGCCUGAUGAUACAGAGAGAGUGUGUGCGUGCGUGUUGGAAGGGUAGUUAUGGUUUUAGUGUGUGCAUUUUCACCAGAGUUAUUACCACUAUGAUUUUUUUUUGUGCUCUCAUGAAAGUAGUCUUAAAGUAUUUUGGGUUCACCUUUGCUUCAGCUUCUUAUAUUACUACUUAUUAUGUAUAGAUAGAUAUUACUAUAAUGUAAUAUGGGAACAGAAAAUAGUGAAAUGGUUUUCAUCUUGAACUUGCAGAAGGAAAAUGUUUGGUUGCCUUUAAUGAUCAGUCUCUCUCGCUCUCCUCCCUUCCAUGGGUGUGUUUGAGACCCUGUCGGAGGAGAAAGGGAAGGGCAAACUAGUCGGUCCAUUCUUAGUUUGAGAACGUGAUUAUUUAUCUUUUGCUGCUAUCAGUAUCCGUUUUCCAUCGUUAGUAGUGAUAUGAUGAAUAGAUGCAG